AUGCUCAUCUACCUGCUCCCCGCUGACCCGCACCCGCGCCUCUACCAUUCCGUAAACUUGACUGACCCGUACGAACGUGUCGCGUUUCCCGCAGGCUGGGCGGCGCAACUGAACUGCGUCCACGCAGAGGACCUUGACCCACCAACGACUGUGCACAUGCUUGACAAAGCGAGCUGGCUGACGGCGGUCAUCGAGCAGCUCGUGUUCGACCUCGUCUCGCAGACAGUGUCGUGCACAUUUAUCAGCGGGCCGACGCUGCAAUGGUCAUUCGCGGCGCAGAACGCGUGCGUGGAAGCGCUCGAGGGCGUACUCACGGACCUUGUGCAGUCGCAGGUCGAGGCGCGCAGGGAGCGCGUGGCGGCGACGCCCAAGUACGAGCCCCACCCGGAAAUGUUCCCCCAGCCGGUGUCGGUCAAGCCUGGGAAACACAAGAAGCAGCGCUCUCUGCUGUCUACGCUGUUCUCCGGUUUCAACAAGCUGAGUUUGAGCUCGGGCCAGGAUAAUUCUUGUGCUAGCCCAUCUCCGACACGUUCGGCGUUCUCUAGCCCGUCACCCACUCGCUCGACGUUCUCCAGCCCUUCACCGACUCGCUCGACAUUUUCCAGUCCGUCCCCCACUCGCUCGACGUUCUCGCCACCCUCAUCGCCAUCACGUCCGUCCAGGAUAUCGUGGAAGCCCACCGUCACGUUUCUGCCGCUGUCAAAGAAGAUUCCGCUGCCCCAACCGCCACCAUGCCUACGAUCAAACAUGCUCGAGGCGCGCGCACGCUCAGCCUUGGUAGACGCGUUCCGCCAAUUUGUUGUCUCGGAGCUGAAGACACGCUUCCAACUCGGUCCUAAUUACGUGACGUGGGUCGCGCACAACAUGCUACGGCGCACGGAGGACCAGAUGGCGUGGCUCGUCCAAGAGGCUGGCGGCGUCGCGCCGAGCCUUAUGGACACAGCGCCCCCUCGGACGCGCAGUCUGACGGCGUCAGACAUGUCAGGCUCGACGCUCGUGUCCGUCGCAGAGGCACCGUUCUAUGACGACGACGUGGACGAGCAGUCGAUGACGGAUAGCACGAGCACGGAGACGGACGGCUCGUCAGUGCACACCCCCGUCGACUCGCAUGCGGUCUCACCCUUUGCGCCCCCGGCGUCCUCCAGCACGGACAUCCACCUCCCGCGGCAGCACGUCCCUCGCUCGCCGUCACCAGCCGAGUUCUCGCCCGAGGAUCUCGCUGAGUACACUGCGCUAUCUGCGCAGUGCCUGCGCCUACGGCAGCUCGUCUCGGGCAUGGAUGCGGCGCGCGCCGGCAUGUUGCAAGACGAGCGCAGCUUCCUCGCGGUGCUCGAGGUGAAGAGCCGGCGACGCGCGUGGUCAAACUGCGCGUUCAUGGGCAGCGCGACGCUCGCGGGCGUCGGACUCGCGAUGCCGUUUCGCAGCUCGCCCCUCGCGCGCUGCGAGGCGGUCACGCCCGAGCUCCUCGAUGCGCGCAUGCUCGAGACAACAACGGGCGAGCACAACCUGUCGACGCUGUUCCCUGUCAGCGAGGAGGACGAGGAGGACGGGGUGCCUGCGCAGGUUGUCACGUUGCAGGCGAUGGAGAGUGGGCUGCUUCAGCGGCCGCCGAUGCGCUCUCGGACGCACAGUAUGCAUCCCGUGCAUGGACUAGACAUGGCCCUGGCACAGGAGGCAGAUACGCCAAGGCUUCUAGCGUAUCCGACACCGCCACCCACGGGUGUGCCCGUGUCAGCACAGCAGACGCUCCCGGCGACGGCGUUGCUAUUCCAGCCUCUCAAGAAACCCAUGUUGGAGUCGCAGACGAAGUUGGAUCUGUUCGAUACGGAGCACGGGGAUGAUAGUGUCGCACCGGAGUUCACGCUGUCAAUGGACCUGCCGCCUCCAUAUGCGAAAAUCGACGGGCGCCGCACUCACGAUGGCUGGAUCGGUGCGCCUGGGGUUGCUAGACUCUCAUUAUUACGGAUUUUCUGGUCGCUCUGGACCCUCGGCAUCUUGAGCACGCUGCACACGAAGAAGUACCGCGACAAAUUUGGCUUCAUUCAUUGA